UCUGCUGCUGGGUUUUAAGCACAAUUCAAAGUCAAGUGUAGUUUUUUAACGAGUCAGCCUCCGGAGAACCGAGCCGAGCACUCAAACCCCCCAGUAGCCGAAAAAGAGCUCAGUUUGUGGGAUAUAGAGUGUUCAGAAGAGCCGCUAAGAACCAGGCGGUACCGGGGACAUAUAACCGGCUGUGUGUGCCAUGUUUUUCUAACGGAUUAUUUGAUGAAGCCGACACCUGCAGGAUGAAUGGAUAUGAAUCUCCAGCUCUUGCAUCCAGCAUCUUCGGCUCCUACAGCUCCCAGACCAACGGCCAUGGCUCUCCUGAGCCUCCUAAAAAUAAAGCCAAGUCCGGUGCCAAAGUUCUCUACGAACAACGAAAACACUUGACCAAAACCAGCAUCAACAGCCUGACGGACACGUCGCAGUACCACGUGGAGCACCUGACCACGUUCGUGUUGGACCGUAAAGACGGGAUGAUCACGGUGGAGGACGGCGUCCGGCGUCUCCGUCUGCUGGACGCCAAAGGAAAGGUCUGGACUCAGGAGAUGCUGCUGCAGGUGGAGGAGAAGACAGUCAGCCUCAUAGACCAGGAGACCAAGAACGAGUUGGAGAACUUCCCCAUCGGGACGGUGCAGCACUGCCAGGCGGUGAUGAACGCCUGCAGCUACGACUCCAUCUUGGCUCUGGUGUGUAAAGACUCGGCACAGAGCAAACCGGACCUGCACCUGUUCCAGUGUGACCACAUCAAGGCGAAUCUGAUCCACGCAGGCGUAGAGAGUGCCGUGAUCGAUGCCAAAGGAGGCAAAGUGAAGAAGAGACCGGAUGUCUGCAGGAUGAUCCUGAAGAGUGACGGGGUCAUCCCCCCUCCCCCCGCUGCUCCCGCCCCUGAACCACCGGCAUCGUCCAAUCAGAUGGACGUAAAGAGUCGAGCUGCCGCCUGGUCAGCCUGGACCAAUGAGCAGCAAGACUAUGAGAGGCAGCAACAGAUACCAGACGAGGACGGAGAGAUGGACCCUGCAGCCAGAGUGGACCGAGACGUGCAAAUCCUGAACCACGUCCUGGACGACAUUGAGUUCUUCGUCACCAAACUUCAGAAGGCCGCCGAGGCAUUCGGCGAACUCUCCAAGAGGAAGAAGGUCAAGAAAGGCAAGAAGAAAGGUCCGGGAGAGGGCGUCCUGACUCUGCGCUCCAAACCUCCCGGCGAGGACGAGUUUGUUGACUGUCUGCAGAAGUUUAAACACGCCUUCAACCAGCUGGGGAAACUGAAGGAUCACAUCCAGAACCCGAGUGCCGUGGACCUGCUUCACUUCCUCUUCUCUCCCCUCCGCAUGGUGGUCCAGGCAUCGGGCAGCGUGGAUCUGGCUCGCAGCGUUGUGGUUCCUCUGCUGACCCGAGACGCCAUCGACUUCCUGCACGCCGCGGGGACGGCCGAGGAGAGACACCUGUGGGUCACCCUGGGAGACGGCUGGACCAAAUGCAGGCUGGAGUGGCCCAAGGAUCAUUACUUCCCCCCGUGUGUGCUGAGGUUUCGGGACGGCUGGGAGCCCCCGGCGUUCCCGGCCAGAGAACCGGAGCUGACCCAGCUGGCCGAGAGUCUCUCCAACGCUGAGGUCCAGAGACAAGACGAGCUCAGGACCAGACUGGAGUCGGCGCUGCAGACCUUCCCUCCAGCAGAUGGGUACGGUUUCUCAAACGCCUCGUACAAGCAACUGAUCCUGGAUCAGGACUCGGCCACCGCGGCGUUUAGGCAGGCUGCCGGCCGCCGCGUAGACCGGAGUUUCGAUGCCGACAGCAGAGUCCAACCAAACCUGUUUGCCAAAUCUAAAUAUGACUUUGUGGCGAGAAACAACACGGAGCUGUCGGUCCUCAAAGACGAGGUCGUCGAGGUGGUUGACGACAGGAAGCAGUGGUGGAAGGUCCGUAACGGCUGCGGGGUGUCCGGCUACGUGCCAAACAACAUCCUGGAGAUCACCAAAGCCGUGGACAUCACCGGCAGAGGAGAGCCCAUCUACAGCCACACCAUCCAGCAACUACUGGGAGAGUUGAACGAGAAGCAGACCACCAGGACCGACUACAUCGCCAGUAAACCGGUAGCGACUCCCAUGCCGCCCCCACCGGCGCCCACGCCUCCACCGCUGGCGCCCACCAGGCUCCCCACGCCACCGCUGCCUCCGCCCGCCCCCCCCGAGCCCGCCAGGCCUGCCACGGGCAGCGCCGUCAGCCGCCAGAACAGCACCGCGUCCAGCGACGUCGGCAGCGUCGCCAUGAGGGAGAACAGCAACCAGAGACUGCCGCCGGCUAACCGCAGGAAAUCCAACAUGGAGGAGGUUCAGGACGAGCUGAUGCACAGACUGACUUUGGGUCGCAGCGCUCAGAAGAAGAUUCCGGUUUCUUCUCGCGGCGGCGGCAGCCUGCCGUCCAACAGCAUCAGCUACGACUCGUCUCCUGCCGACGUCAAGGCCUGGCUGACGGCCAAAGGCUUCAGCCCAGUCACCAUCACCAGCCUGGGCGUCCUGACCGGAGCUCAGCUGUUCUCUCUCAACAAGGAGGAGCUGAAGACGGUUUGUCCCGACGACGGCGCUCGAGUCUUCAGCCAGGUCACCGUCCAGAAGGCCGCCCUGGAGAAGAGUUCAGGCUCUGAGCUCCAGGAGAUCAUGAGGAGGCGGCAGGAGAAACUGGCGGCCAGCACCUGGGACUCAGGGGUGGAGUCUUUUGACGAAGGCAGCACCCACUGAUCUCCACACGGCUCCCUCCCUCCCUCCCUCCCUCCCUCCCUCCCUCC